AUGCUCGGCCGAGCGGAACCGAUGCUGGUCUGGCUGGUGCUGCUGCUGCCGCCGCUGCUGUCGGUCGUGCCGGCGGUCGACUCCGAGGCGGGCACAGAGGCGGAGCCCGGAACCGGCCCGUUGACCAGGCGCAAGCGAUACGUGGUCUUCCCCGAGGGAUCUAGUUUCUCGAUCGCGCUCUGUAUGACCGUGCACACCCUCACGCCCGAUAACAUCUUCACCGAGGGUCUCAACUGGGGCAUCUCCUACGACCUGCCCAACGAGAGCAAGCCCGAGCUGGCGCCGCUGCUGCGCCCGCGCGACGACGCGCCCGGGUACGGGGCGGCCGAGCCCGGCCAGUGGGACGCCCACGGCAAAUACUACCUGAUGCCCGGCGCAAAGAAGUACUACAGAGCCGACCACCACUACUUGCAGCGCAGGCACCGGCGGGACCUCUACGGCAAGCUCGAAGUCGUCAUCGACGCCCCGACCACUGCACGGCCGACCGACCGAGACGAGGGGAAAAUCGGUCGAGGGAACUACUUCUACUUUCGAGCAGUGCGAGCCUCGUCGCCCAACGGGAGCCCGCAAUUAACGCCGACUCACUUCGUUGCAGGAUGGGCUUCCACGGGCGGAGCUGCGUGCUCAGGGCGCUUUGCGAGGCCUCGCAGCGCUUCGUGCCUCGAGGCAACAGCCUCCUCGAGGAGAUGAUGAGGAUAGUCUUCACGCUGCCGCUGAAGAAACUGUUCCCGUCCGAGCCUCCGGAGCACCACACCUACGCGGAGGCUCAUCGCGCGGGCCAACGAGGCGACGACUGUCUCGGAAUGUUCCCGCGCUGUAGCUUCUCCCUGAUA